GGAGAAAAACGAAGCUCCCCGACCAGCCGAGUGUCAGUCUGGUAUGUAAACAAGGUCAGACACUGCAGCAUACAGACCAAAGACUUUCCAGACCGGGCGGCUGCUCAUUUUCACAGCAAGGAAAGAACCAAACUGCUUCACCAACCUCCUGAGAAGAAAGGACUCUAGCACAGACCAGCCAAGAUGAUGCAGUGUUUUCACUUCAUGGUGGAGCCGGCCAAAAACUUUACGGCCAAGAUAAAGGAAUCACACAAGAGAGCAAAGAAGGAGAAGAUUGAGCCUCUGGAUGAGGAUCAGCUGUUUGUUGUGGAUCUGGCUAGAGACCUCAGUCGAGUGUGCCAGAGGUCAGAAGUCCUGGAGCACAUCUGGAACCAGGACGACACCUGGCCAACCCCUCUCUGCUGGGCCUUCAUCCUGGAGUGGGCCUCCAUGCUGGAGAGCAAGAAGAGGCCCAUGCAGACAGAUGGCUGGCCAGAGGUGGAUGAGGUCAAAGAGCCUGAUCAGAUUAAUGAGCAGGACGUGCAGCAGGCUAAGGCAGUGAUCAUCAACUGGAUCAAGGACCUGAGAGCUCAGCCUGAGCAAAGUGUGUGGCCCGGGGAACCUGUGGCAAAGGUUCUGCAGGACCUGCAGUCAGCCUGGCGCUGGGGCCGUGCGCCCAAUCUGCUGACCGCUAUGGAGCUGGUUAUGUGGACUUUAAUGAUACAGAGGCCAGAUAAGGAUACCAUACCGCAGCAGUGGCUCUUGUGGAAGCAGAAGACGAAGAAGAUUGGUGCCAUAUCCUACAUUCCUCAGCCAGUAUGGGAUUGGAUCUCAGAUGCUGCAGUGGAGGUGACUCUGGAUCUGGACACAGCCAACCCUGAUCUGCUCAUCUCCAGUGAUGAGAAGAGGAUGCGCUGUGGCUUUGAGAGGAAAGAUAUUCCCAACUACCACCAACGCUUCGACGGCUGGUGGUGCGCUGUCGGAGUGGAGGGCUUUGGCGUCGGCCGCCACUACUGGGAGGUGGAGGUGGGCGAGCGGGACUGGCGGCUGGGCGUGGCCAAAGAGUCGGCCCUGAGGAAAGGCUUCAAGUCCCUGAACACCGAUACAGGUUACCUGACCCUGCGGCUGGAGAGGGGCACUGAGCUGAAGGCGCUGACGGUGCCCUUCACCACCCUGCCGCCGGGCCUCAUCCCCCGCAAGGUGGGUAUCUACCUUGACUACGACCACGGCCAGCUGUCCUUCUAUGACGUGGAGAAGCACAUCCACAUUUACACUUACAACGAGAGCUUCUCUGAGAAGCUGUUCCCCCUGUUUGGCACAGUGGAGAUCAUCAAGGAUCUGGUGAUCAAGUCCCCAGCAGCUAAGACCCAAUGCCUCUGCUCCACAUCCUGCCUUUGGGGUUGAGUUUCCCUCUAUCACUUCAUCCUUUAAAAUCUAUUCUCCAGUAGACAUCAUAAUAAAGUACAACAAACCAGAUUAUAUAAUAAUCACUGAGAGGAAAUCACAGAUCCUGCUGUAAAAGACCAUCAUUGUGCUAUUAAAUAGCUCCACUGUGUCUCUAUGCUGCUGCUGCUUUAAUGUGAUUGUCGCUUCCACUUUCUCACUAUGGAGUUAGAGUGCUACCCUUUGCUCACAUACAUAAUGUAUUUUCAUAUAAUUGAAAGGAAACCUAUAGUAUUAAUGUCAUGUACUGUGCAAUAUUAACCCUGCAUUAAAAAUGCAUUUCUGUGAAUAAUAAAUAAACCAAAUACAUGACUUGA